UCCAACACGUACGUUGACACCCUAUUACUACUAGGUAGUCAAGAUUACUGAUUGUCAAAACAAAAAGGUAGUAAAGAUUAUUGCUAAUAUCUUGGUAAACGCUUCGUACCAGUAGUCGGGUUUAGGGUUUACCUGCGCCUCCCGUCGUCCUCGCCGCGCCAACUCAACCCCGUCCACAGUAUUCUGCCAUACAAAGAUGGAUUCAAAUAAGGUGAUUGCUGCUGCUAGUCUAACUGAUGAUCUUUUGGUGGAAAUCCUCUCUCGGGUGUCGUUCAAGUCUUUCUGCUGCUUCAAAUGUGUCUGCAAGGCUUGGCUUGCCUUUGCCUCUGACCCACACUACCAAUGGAAACUGCCGAAAAUUCCCACUGGUCUUUUUCACGGACGCAAAGAUUCAUCUGUUGCCCAACUUGUUAGCCUGUCACCAAACGAUGAGGAAAUUAAUGGAGCUCUUACAUUCUUGCCGCGGCAUGAGCACUUAGAAUUUGUGGACUGUUGCAAUGGCCUAAUUCUUUGUAACUACAAGAGCAGUUAUACUUAUCCAGAAGCUUGCCGCUUCAUUGUGUGUAACCCCGCAACACAGGAGUGGAGGUCACUUCCUGAUAUUCACCUUGGCCCAGAUGACUUCGCCUGUGAUGCUUUUUUGGCCUUUGAUCCAUCAUGGUCGGCACAGUUCCAUGUAUUUAAGUUUCAUGGUUUUUGGGCACUCGAUACGAGUAAAUUUGAGGUGUUCUCGUCUGACCUAUCCACAUGGAUUGUGGAUGCUGCAUGGAGUCCUUUUAUAGACAGUUGUAGUCAACACCACUUUAUAGGAGGAGUGUUGUACAUGCACACAGGCGGGGAUGAAAUUCUGGGGUUGGAGGUAAUGGGUUCUGGCAAACCACCCCGUCAUUUUACUGUGAAGUUGCCGCAUGGCCAUUCGGAUCUCGUAUCUGGUUGUUUUGGUCAAUCAUCAGGGUUCUUGCAGUGUGCACUUCCAGAGGAGAGUGGUCAUACAGUUGCAGUUUUCAAUCUUGAUACUUGUGAUUCCUACAAAUGGUCUUUGAAGUGUCGUCUUAGUAUGGGCAAUCCAUUUGGAAGGGGCGAGUUGCUUCACGGUGGUGCUGCGGGUUGGUUCCGUUGGUGUGAUUAUCAGAUUGUCGCUCUUGAUUCGGAAAGAAAGGCUCUCUUCCUUGUUGACAAGGUUCAAAUGAAGCUUUUUUCGUACAACAUCAUCACUGGGAAACUUAGCAAGAUCAAAGAUGGUUGUCGUACGGACUACCUUUAUUACGUGGCAUGCUACUCAAAACUUUCAGUUCUCUCCUCCUUGGAUCAUAGACAAGAAACUCGUUAAUUAUUCAGGUUGUAGCUGACAAGAAACUUGUUAAGGUUGUGGGUGUUUGUGUCUGUUUCACAAUACAAUGGAUUAGGUUGGUAACAUGGUGUAGAAACAGAAUAACCUCAAUUGUGCCGCAAAUGAGGUUAACUGGCUAAGGACCAUUCUAAUUUAUGCAAGUUGUUGUUCCUAUA